AUGUCAUCAUCAGCCGGACGAAACGGAGCAGCACCGGAGAGAGGAGAUGGAGCAGCGAAUAGUGCGAGUGCUGCCGGCGGCGCUGUUGGUGCCGCCGAUGAACCCGGCGAUGCGCAAUCUUCGAUCGCUCAGACACAGGUACCCCCAAAAACCGGUGCAACGCAAACCGGCCAGGCCUCGCGCUGUCGACGCCAGCAGCACCACCACGACAGCGACUUCCUGUUCGAGCAGAAGCUGGAGAGCGUGCGCGCCGCCGUCCUGUGCGGGUCCGUCGGAGCGGCCUCGCGCCUGCUUGCGGUGGGAGCCGGGGCCUUGCUUCCCGGGGGGCUCUUGCGAGAGGCGCUGGCGGCGCCAGAGCCGGCGGGGUCGUCCCUCCUGUUCGGCCUGGCGGCGGGCUUCGCGCAGGGCGCGCUGUUCGGGCUGACGUACCGAUACGUCGUGCGCUCGGACCGCGAACAGUCCCCGUCGGCUACCACCGGCGAGCCACCCGUCCCGCAGAUGGACGGGUUUACCGUGGGACACCUGGGGGACGGGUGCGUGGCCGCGUUCGCCCUCACCUCCGCCCUGGGCCAGAGCGAGGCGCCCCUAACCCUGGCGGCGGGGGAGUUCGUGCGCGUUUUGUGGCGGGGCGGGGGGAUACUUGAAGCGCUAGCGGCGGUGCUGUUGCCCGCGGCGCCGUUCCUGCCGCGGGCGGCGGCCGACUUGUUCCUGUACUCCUCGCCCCCCCUUGCCCCUCCGACGAGCUCUCCACGAGGGCGUGAUCAAGCCCCUUU